AUGGAUAGACCAGCGACAGGGGAGGAAGUCCAGGCGCUCUACAAGAGUAUACACGGCUCAACUGACCCAUCGGCCAUUAUUCCAUCCCUAGCCGGAGAGGACGUCUACAGGGCGAACGAUCUUACCCGUCAUCUAGCGGUUUCGCCUUCGGCAGCCCACGGGGCAGUUCAUUUCACAACGGAAGCGCUCCUCGCCGGGGCAUUCCUGAUGUCCAAGCUCCAAGCCGAGAACUUCGCCUACCCCUUCAAGGAAUGCAAGACCCCAGUCCAGCACGCGUACCAGCUCAUGGGUAAGACCGAGUAUGCAAAAGAGCAUACCUACUCAAUCAUGGCCGCAGAGGGACGCCUGGAUAGUUUCAACCAGUUUAUGCAGGGAAAAUUCUUCAAGCCCAGAAAAACGCCUGACCGUCUCCAGGCGCUUGGCUAUGACUUUGCAGCAGUUGCUCGUGAAGCCGGCCCUUUAACGUCAACAGUCAUGGUCGAUAUCGGCGGAGGUCGAGGCGAGUUGCUUCUUGAACUCAAAGAGGCAUUCCCACAGUUCACUGCUGCAGAUCUUGUCGUGGAGGAGUUUCAGUCCGACAACGAUUUGAGACUUGACCCGGGAAGCGAGGUCACCUUCGUCAACUGGAACUACAAAGACGAGAGCAGCCCGCAGCCUGUGAAGGGGGCACUGGUGUACCAUCUGGCACACAUCCUCCAUAAUUUGCCGGAUCUCAAUGCAGCACGGUUAUUACAAAGGAUAUCGGACGCGAUGGCUCCAUACUCGCGACUGCUAGUGCACGAAUUCUCGAAGAAUAGAAACUACGCCUUGAUGCACGCCAGCAUGAUAGCACUGUACGGGGGCCGUGAGAGAACAGGCGCGGAGUGGCGACAGAUGGCUGCGUUGGCUGGUCUCAGGAUCGCUUUCGAGGGUUAUCCGGAUCUAGUGGAUAAUCAAAUCGAGAUGAGCUCGGAUCCUUCGUUGGAUCGUUUAGCCCAGCACAAGGUGCGGAUCGAUAGCGCCAGGAAGCACCCGGUCUCCACUGCCAAGGACCGAAUAACUGUUAUAGCGUUUAAGCCUGGAAAAGCUCUUGUGGCCAUUGCGCGGCCCUGCAGGGGUCAAUUCCUGCUCCUCAUCAGCCCAUCACGUCUUGACAAGCCACGAAUCCAGUCAAGUUUGGCCCUUACAUCAGUUGGUCCUCGAGAGUGCGGUGCAGUUACCCAGCUAGGCGAGGAAAAGCAAAAUCAGGCUACUAGAGGAAAUGAUACGAUCAGAGUCUCAGGAAAACUGCCAGGGUCACUGCAGGGUACACUAUGUCACAGCGUGUUGGCUCUGAUCUUCAGAUUUACCGUCAAGACAUGGGCUCGCUGGGUCCUUCCUACAGUCAGCUCCCCGGAGCGGGUAUGGGGCGCUGAAGACUUAUUGUUUGCUGUCGGCUACGCCUUUGAUAUGGCCCAUAUGGCUUUGAUUCAGAAAAGUCUCGAUUACGGUCUCGGUCAACAUAUUUGGACCCUCACGGAUGUCCAGCGCAUCGGCGCCCUAAAGUACGACUUUCUCUCUCAGCCUAUAGCCGGGCGAAUAAUUGACGUGGCCUACUUCAGCGGUCGCCGCAUCGAUGCUCUCUCGCUGCGGAAUGACUUGGUUCUUGUACAUGUGCUUCAGCAGCGCCGACAAGCAUAUCCGAAUCUCAAUUAUGAUCGGAAUGGUGGUCCAGAUAAUCGCAAACUCAGUCACUAUUCUGCAGAUUGUGCUUCAGUGCGGCCCGAAUCCAUACCGAUUGGCUUCAACACAGCGGUCGACUUCUUCCUCACCGUCCUCUCUGCCAUCCAACUAUGGCAGUUCAGUAUCCGGAGCGUGGACCGUGCCCCAUCAUCAAGUAACUCCUUCUUUGCGCGCUUCAAGCGCUUGCCGAGACAGGCGAGGAAUAGGCGGAUCUGGCAGACUAUAGUUCUUAGUGGGCCACUGGCACUCUCGGGCUGCGCUUCUAUUGUGAAGACUUAUGUACGCCUCUUAUUCUUUUUGCAUCUGGCAGGAUCCGAGAAUUACAACAUCAUACCGUUUGUGCUAUGGGUAAAGAUUGAGAAUUACAGCAUCCUCCUCGCAACCUGCGGUCCGAUAAUCCGGCUCUUCGUCCGCGUUGUGUUCGACAAACCCCACGCGUCGAGGUGGGAUUAUCCCAGUAAUAGCCACUCGAAUCAAUACUCGCACACACGCGGCCGUGGUUUGGAUUUUGACUUGGAUGGGCACCGUCAUAGGCAGAAUCAUGGGUCGGUUGUUAUGACUGUUUUUGGAUUAAAGAAAGGAAGUUCUGGGCCUACGUCGUUUGGAUCCGACGAGAUGGUGAGAGGGAAAGAUCGCGAUGCUCGAGAUGGCGUUGGAGGAGUCACUGUCAAGACGGAUAUCACUGUGCAGGUUGCAUUUUCGGGUGGGAAAGCAAGUAACACCGGUGCUAAUACCUGUUCGUUGAAGAUGGCUACGAGUGUAGUGCAAGGUAUCCGGUCCGACCUCCCCAACGGUCCCACGAACAAGAAGACAAAUCGCUUUAUCAGCUUUUCCUUCCCCGGCGUACUUAGGGCAGCGUCCAACUCCAGUAACUACCAAAACGGCUGUCUUAAGCAAGAUCACAAUGAGGAGUCCUGUGAGCCACGUACGAGACGGCGCACGGUGGACCAGCUCGGUAUCAACAUUGUGCCAACCUGUGCCACAAAAAGCCAGACAGCAACCAUGUCCGUCUCAGAGACUAUGUGGUUUCGCUGGACAAUUAGCUCCACCCAGACGAUCACAGGCCAUGCAAAUAUCAGCAUCAAAAUUCCCCCCAACGGAAUAGCAGGUCCCAACGUAAAUCAAAUACCCGGCCACAAAAAUCAUGUUGAACACCAUAAUCGAGUCUGCGAUCUGCCAGAGCAAAAGGAAAAUGUGCCAGCCGUGGCUCAGGGUCCUCCACCCGAAAAAGAAGAAUUGAUACUCGCCAUAUCCUUCUGGUUGGUAACUGAUCGCAUAGACGAUGUUGAAGUGGACCGGGAGGAGGGAGAGCGCAUGGAGCUCUUUUGCCCUAACAGCGUGGUACCAUUGGAUUUGAGUGUAGCAGUUGUAGGCGAGGAAGCCAGCGCUUGUGGGGAUAUUGUUCCCCACUCCACUGGAGAACUGAGCGGGAGCAAGCAACAUACUGGCGUAGAGGAGCCACCGGUUGACAUACAAGAGCAAGAGAAAAGGGAGAAAGAGAGGUCGAGUCCGUCCCCUCUUCUUGCCAUGGCCGAUUUGGAGUGCGGCGAUGGACCUUCAAUAAAGGCCACGGCUCCUCCAUACUCAGCCAGCAAGCAAGGCUUAGCUGGAGGUUUGAAUUUGGACGAAGCCGGAGCUGGCGAAGUGUCAGCGCUGCAUAGUAUGAGGCUUGGACUAUUCUGCAGAAUGCAACAGCUUAUGCUAGAUAUCUUCGGGCUUAGAAAUGGCACCUUAUACUGGGCAAGGUAA